AAAAUUGCCCCUUUAAUGGCCUGUUAUUAGGAACGCAAAAUUAAUUCAUUUGUUUCUUUCUGCUCUUCGAGGAGUUAAAUUGGCCAGAUUUUUUGCCCCUAAUUUAGGCUAUCUGCUUCUCUGCCUCCCUCAUUUUCAUACUAUUUAGAUUUUUUUUCUUAGUUAAUUUUAUUUUGGAGGAGAGGGAUUCUGCUUUUAUGAGGGCAUCACAAAGGAAUUCAAAGAAGUGCAUCAGGCAUUUGUGAGGGGGAAAACAAAAAUUCUGGUAUCGAUGACGUCUGAAGGUUAUUAUUAUCCAUCUAAAAAGAGUGAUGAUUUUUGUGCAGAUGUUUGCGGGCAGCAGAGCUCAUCAUCUCUAUCAACCAUGUCCCGCGUGAAAUGCCUCCUCCACGGCCUCGACCUCAAAACCCUAAUCUUCCUCCUCAUAAUCCUCCCUUCCGCCAUUUUCGCCAUUUACUCCCACGGCCAAAAAAUCACCUACUUUCUCCGCCCCCUUUGGCAAUCCCCACCAAAACCCUUCACUCACAUUCCCCAUUACUACACUCCCGAAACCCCAAUCCCUUCUCUCUGCUCUCUCCAUGGCUGGCAAACCCGCGAAUUCCCCAGACGAGUCUUCGACGCCGUCCUCUUCAGCAACGAGCUCGACAUGCUCAAAAUCCGCUGGAAAGAGCUCUACCCUUACAUUACCCGUUUUGUCCUACUCGAAUCGAACUCCACCUUCACAGCCAUCCCAAAACCCCUCAAUUUCGCUUCCCACAGAAAAGAAUUCGAGUUCGUCGAGCCGAGAUUGGCCUACGGAGUGAUCGGCGGAAGGUUCCGGAAGAACGAGAACCCUUUCGUCGAGGAGGCUUAUCAGCGACUCGCGCUCGAUCAGCUUCUUCGAGUGGCCGGGAUUGAAGAUGACGACUUGCUUAUAAUGUCUGACGUGGACGAAAUCCCGAGCCGCCACACGAUCGAUUUGCUGAGGUGGUGUGAUGAUAUUCCGCCCGUUUUGCAUCUUGAGCUGAGGAAUUAUAUGUACUCGUUCGAGUUUGAAGACGGGAAAACGAGCUGGCGGGCUUCGGUUCAUAGGUAUGUUAAGGGGAAGACGAAGUACGCGCAUUACAGGCAGACGGAUUUGUUGUUUGCUGAUUCGGGAUGGCACUGUAGCUUUUGUUUUCGGUAUUUGAGUGAUUUUGUGUUUAAGAUGAAGGCGUACAGUCAUACGGAUCGUGUGAGGUUUUCGCAUUUUUUGAGUCCGAAGAGGAUUCAGGACAAGAUUUGUAAAGGGGCGGAUUUGUAUGAUAUGUUGCCUGAGGAGUAUACGUUCAGGGAGAUUAUAGGGAAGAUGGGGAAUAUUCCGCACUCGUAUUCUGGGAUUCAUUUGCCUUCUUAUCUUUUGGAGAAUGCGAAUGAGUAUAGAUAUUUGUUGCCGGGGAAUUGUGUAAGGGAAAGGAGGAGUGGUAGGACUGAUGGUGAUGAUGAUGAAUGUGAUGCUAGGCGCUGA